AUGAUUAUAUGCUCUUUAGCACAAAAUGAUCCUGUCUACCCUUUUUUACUGAGGAGGGAAAGUGAGCAGUCAAUAGGCUCGGGUAUGGUUCUGCUCGAGUCUGGGGACGAGUUGCCCGCCGACCGCAGACCCACCCUUAGGGUGGCCGGAGAUUGUCGCUCGAUCCCCAAGGCCCAGAGAGUCGUCUACUGUAGCGGCCGGGACAUGAGGAGGAUAGUUUUCUCACGCGCUCUGCUCGCUCUUCACUGCUUCACAGAAAGAGGACACGGCUUCCUAGUUCCUAUCUCUGUCUGCCCUUGA